AAAGACGGUUGUUAUUAUUACACACCAGUUUUUCCUGAAAAUGGACUAACUAGCUUGCACAUUCCCCACUAUUUUAAUCAAACAAUUCUUCCAAACGUUCUUCCAAAAUCUUUAAGAGAAAUAAAAAUUGGUACUGCUUUCAAAACUCAAUUAUUAUUUGGUAGUUUUCCAGACUCUGUUACUAUUCUUGAUUUUUACUGCCCAAGUUAUAAUCAUCAGUUUCUUCCAGGAAUCCUUCCAAGAAAUUUAAGAAAGCUAAAGAUGUAUCAUAAUGUUUCGUUAUUACCUGGCUCUUUACCAGAAACUCUUACUUAUCUCAAACUAGGCGGCCACUAUAACCAACCUAUUACUCCUAAUCUAUUACCAAAAUAUCUUCAAAAAAUAUCUUUUGGUCCAAAUUUCAACAGUUUAUUUGUUCCAUCUGAAAAUAUUCAUACAGUCGUUUUUGGUAAAAGCAUGCUUUGUGAACCACAUAACUUUACAAAAAAUGUUAGAUGUGUAGAAGUUAAAAACUCCCGUUAUUUAGAAUUACCACAUACUAUUAAUGAACUAAUCAUCCAUUCCAAAAAUAAAAGUUAUAGAAGAUUUCCACAUGAUCUUACCUAUCUAUCACUAUCUCGUCCUUCCGAAUUUACAAAUAAUGAACUCAGCCCACUCACAAAUCUAAGGCAUCUUGAUCUUUUUGGUGGUGAUCUCAUAUUUCAAGUGGACCAAAUACCAAUAUCUAUAGUAUCGCUGACCCUGGAUGAUUUAAACUCAAACGAUCCUUUAGACCUAGGACCAUUGGUAAAUCUAGAAUACUUUAGUUUAGGUGAUACACAUCACAAAAUAAUGAAACUUCCAUCAACACUCCGUGCACUGAAAUUUAAUAGUGAUCAAAGUGAAGUGUUUGCUAAAGAAAUUUUUCCAGCGUCACUUGAAAUCCUUCAAUUGCCACGAUACCAUGUCCAACCUCUAUCAAACUCAUGGCUUCCAUCGUCAUUGAAAACCCUUAUCCAUCUUGGUGAACCUGUUAUUGGCGAAGAUUAUAGACGUCCAAAUCUCAGUAAAUUUUAUAUUGGUCAUUUAAAUGAAUCCAUCUUGGUUCAUAGUCCAGCUUUUGUUGCAGAUAAUCUUGACAUUAUCAAAACAUAUAAAACCGUAUAUGACAUUAUCAUUGAAAAUCUUUUAGAUUACCAUCUACCAUUCCAAAAAAAAAAAUAGAGAAAGUAAAAAUUUUUAUUUAAAUAACUAAAAUUAAAAUAAAUAAAAACCUUUUUAAAAUUUAAAAUAAUAAAAAAAAAAAAAAA